AAUUACACUACUACAAUAAUAAUAACAACCACAGUAAUAAUAAUAGUAAUAAUAGUUGCUUUGUUGUUGGUGUGUGUGUCGGGCCUAGGUGAAUAAUAGCAACAAGUAUCAAUAAUUUAAAUAGCAGUUAAGCGAAUAAUAAAUAAUAAUAGUAAAAAGAAAGUGUCGCAGACUCACACACAACGAAAAGAAGUUCGCGCGGCAAACAAUAGGAAAGAGAAGAAAAGAAACAAAAGAAAAACGCCGACAGGCGACAAAAGUUUUAUAUUUUAUUAAACGAAUCAUUUGUUUAAAUACCACAUCUGGCAAGCUAAAGUGUAAUAAGAACAUAGAAAUAUUUGGAAGAGUUAAACAAAGAAUAUCAGCCACAAAAGAUAAGAUAAAAAAGAUAAAAGCAAGAGUAAGCGAUCAAAAUGCGCAAAUUUACAGCUUUUGCGUGCGGCACAGGUGCCGGCCUGGCAGCUUUUUAUCUCCAGCGACUGCGCGAUCCCAAACAGACAGCAUGGGUGCACAAUUCGUGGACAAAUAGUGAAAGGCCGGUAGACAGUUGGGCUCUUUGGGACAGCAAUUGGGACUGCCGCGAUCCGAAAAGUCUGGUGCGCCCACAAAAGAACGAACAGCCACAAGAGCAAAAUCGCUAUAAUAGCGACUUUGAAAAAAACCAUGCCAAAUCCGCACGCCAUAUUAUACUCAUUCGACAUGGCGAGUACUUGGAUGUUGGCGAUACGGAUGAUACUCAUCACCUGACCGAACGGGGGCGAGAGCAGGCCAAAUUCACGGGCCAACGUCUUCACGAUUUGGGUAUCAAGUGGGACAAAGUCAUUGCUUCGACUAUGGUACGUGCCCAGGAGACAGCGGACAUAAUACUCAAUGAGAUCGACUACGACAAGGCGAAAGUAACAAAUUGUGCUUAUCUUAGAGAGGGAGCACCAAUUCCGCCACAACCACCUGUAGGUCACUGGAAGCCUGAGGCAUCGCAGUUCUUUCGAGACGGUGCCCGAAUUGAGGCAGCGUUUAGAAGAUAUUUUCAUCGCGCCUAUCCCGACCAGACCAAGGAGAGCUACACUCUAAUUGUGGGCCAUGGCAAUGUUAUACGUUACUUCGUUUGUCGUGCCUUGCAAUUUCCACCUGAAGCCUGGUUAAGAAUAAGCAUUAAUCAUGCAUCCAUUACGUGGCUGACAAUCAGUCCGUCUGGAAAUGUGUCCAUUAAGUAUCUGGGAGAUUCAGGUUUCAUGCCCGUUAAGCACCUCACCAAUCGCAUACCACGCGACGCUAAAAAUGUUGUAUAGAUAAUGGUCAGCACUGACACCGCAACUGCCACUCAUCAUGUUAAAUUUGCAGAUUUUGUUUAUGUAGAAACAAUCAUCCCUUUUACUAUUUUUAAAAUAUAUAUUACUUCUAUUAAUUAAUUAAACAACACAAAAGAUUGCAUAAUAAUUGUACAUUUUAAAAUGUCUGAAUCCGUUAAA